AUGAAGGCCUCCGUCGCCUCUCUCGCAACCGCCCUCACUCUGGGCGUCUCCACCGUCCUCGGUGCCCCCUCCAACACUGAGAAGCGUGGUAGCGGUAUCACCCCCAUCACCGUCAAGGGCAAUGCCUUCUUCAAGGGCGACGACCGUUUCUAUAUCCGCGGUGUUGACUACCAGCCCGGCGGCUCCUCCAAGCUCGCCGAUCCCAUCGCCGAUGUCGAUGGCUGCAAGCGUGACAUCAAGAAGUUCCAAGACCUCGGCCUCAACACCAUCCGUGUGUACUCCGUCGACAACUCCCAGGACCACGAUGAGUGCAUGAAUGCCCUGGCCGACGCCGGGAUCUACCUGGUGUUGGAUGUCAACACUCCCAAGUACUCCAUCAACCGUGCUGAUCCCAAGGCUUCCUACAACGACGUCUACCUUCAGUACAUCUUCGCCACGGUCCAGAUGUUCGCCAAGUACGACAACACUCUGGCCUUCUUCUCCGGUAACGAGGUCAUCAACGACGGUCCAUCCUCGGCCGCUGCUCCUUACGUCAAGGCUGUCACUCGUGACAUCCGUUCUUUCCUGGCUGGUAACAAUCUGCGCAAGGUUCCCGUCGGUUACUCCGCUGCCGAUAUUGACACCAACCGUCUGGAGAUGGCCGAGUACAUGAACUGCGGUACCGAAGACGAGCGCAGUGACUUCUUCGCCUUCAAUGACUACUCCUGGUGCGACCCCUCCUCUUUCCAGAUUUCUGGCUGGGACCAGAAGGUCAAGAACUUCACCGGCUACGGUAUUCCUCUCUUCCUCUCCGAAUACGGCUGCAACACCAACACCCGUAAGUUCGAGGAGGUCAGCGCUCUCUACUCCACCAAGAUGACCGGUGUCUACUCUGGUGGUCUCGUCUACGAGUACUCCGAAGAGGCCAGCCACUACGGUCUGGUCGAGAUCAACGGCGACUCCGUCAAGGAGCUGCCCGACUACGACGCCCUGAAGACUGCCUUCCAGAAGACCAACAACCCCACCGGGGACGGCGAGUACAACAGCACUGGUGGUGCUAGCGGCUGCCCGGCGAAGAACGCCCCCAACUGGGAUGUUGAGGGUGAUGCCCUGCCCGCUAUUCCCUCUCCCGCCAAGAAGUACCUGACUAGCGGUGCUGGUAAAGGCGAGGGCUUCAGCGGCAAGGGUAGCCAAAACGCCGGCACGCAGUCCACUGCCACCGCCUCUCCUGGCUCCGGCUCCGGCUCCGGCUCCGGCAGCUCCUCCGGUGGUAGCUCUACCAGCACCCACACCAACGCUGCCUCUGCCGGUUUCCAGGCUCCUCACCUGAGCUUCGCCCCCAUUGCCGUCGGUCUCGUGACCGUUCUGUCCAGCGUCUUCGGCGCCGGUCUCAUUCUUCUGUAA